UAACAUCAUCUCUUCUCUUACUAGGUGCCCCCUCCGUAUUCAUCACUGCUUGGACUAUUGUCAGGAUUUACUUUUUCGAUGUUGGGUGCUGGGAGGAAAUAGUGGAAUCCUCAUUCUGGUGGAUCAUUAAAACUCCUAUUUUGGUGUCCAUUUUGGUGAACUUCAUUCUCUUCAUUUGCAUCAUCCGCAUCUUAGUCCAGAAGUUGCAUUCCCCAGACGUUGGACACAAUGAAACCAGCCAAUAUUCGAGGCUGGCCAAGUCCACCUUGCUGCUGAUUCCUCUCUUUGGCAUUCACUACAUCAUGUUUGCUUUCUUCCCUGACAAUUUCAAAGCAGAAGUUAAGCUGGUCUUUGAGCUUGUGGUUGGGUCGUUCCAGGGAUUUGUGGUGGCUGUUCUGUACUGUUUUCUCAACGGGGAGGUCCAAGCUGAGCUCAAGCGAAAGUGGCGGAGGUGGCAUCUGGAGCGGUUCCUGGGCUCGGACAUGAAGUAUCACCACCCUUCCUUAGGCAGCAACGGCACCAACUUCAGCACCCAGAUCUCCAUGCUGACCAAGUGCUCACCAAAGACACGCCGGUGCUCUGGCUUCCAGGCUGAAUUCUCUCUGGUGUGAUGGGGGGAGGCUCU